CUGACAUUCAUUGCACUCUGAACAAUUUCAAUCUUGUACACCACAACUGGCAGGUUCCAGUGGGCAUCGAAAUCACCAUAUAUUAAUCACCACUACGUAAUGACCAUUCCGAACUGAAACCACCAGUCCAGCACAGCUAUUGAAGAUCCACAGAAGCCUACAGCACACGCAUAUUCAGCUGGGACAGAGUACGGAGCUUAGGACCAGUUCGGCGCGCUUUCAUACAGCCAGACAUUUACACGACUCGGCCAGGGCACGGCAGAGAGACAAGAUGGCACAACUCUCAACGACAUCUAAAACGACACAAUCGAAACCGAAACCAUGGCAUUACCACAUCACGAUAGAUCUAUUGUUUCUCAUCUUAGCCAACUCCAUCUUCCACCCAUGGAUCACGAUGGUUUUCUACCUGUGCCUGGCGUCCGUACAUAAGCACCGCGAACCUCUCGCCUACUAUACACUAUGCUACACGGCGUUGUUGGCGGUAGUGGAGGUAUGUAUCUGGGCGAACCACCGGAUCACGUAUGGACCGCAUCGGAAGGUGGACUGGGAGAACGAGGUCAUCGUGAUCACCGGUGGAGGGACCGGUCUAGGCAGAGUCCUGUCGCAGAUGUUUUUGCGUAAGGGUGCAAAAGUUGCUGUGCUGGACGUCAGAGAGCCAGACGAGGAGGCGACUGAAGAGAUGGAGCGAUGGGAUUUGCAAUGGGAAGUUAUGGAUGUUAGCUCGAAAGAGCAGAUUGAAGGGGCGGUUGGGAAGGUCGUUGAUCAGUUUGGAUCUCCCACGAUCCUCAUCAACAAUGCAGCGACGAACGUCAGGGGUUUACCACUUCUUGCAACACCCACGAAACCGACCACACUCUCGGCUGAGCAAGCAUCCAGCACUUUGACCAUCAAUGCCCUAGGACACUUCAACACACUGUCAGUGCUGCUGCCCUAUCUGAUCACCUCGAAAACGGGAGCGCAUAUCGUGACUGUAUCCUCGCUACUCGCGCACCUCGCGCCCGCGUCAUUGUCAGAUUACACUGCCUCCAAAGCGGCAGUCAGCUCACUACAUCACACGCUGUGCAAUGAACUACGAUCUCAUCCGGAUCCGUCAGUCUUUGCGAAGGUCAAGACACUCCUUGUUGAACCUGGCCAGCUGGACACGCAGCUCUUUGCGGACAAGACGACUGUGCCUUUCUAUGCGCAUUUCUUUGGUCCUGUGGUGGAAGCUAAAGAUAUUGCUAAAGAGAUUGUGCGGAGGAUCGAGAGGGGUGAUGGAGGAUCGAUCAGAUUGCCGUUUUAUGCAAAGUUCAUGCCGUAUUUCGGUGUGAUGCCAGGGACCGUGCAGCUCAUGUUUCGGUGGUUCAGUGGGAUUGAUGGGGCAAUGUUGCCGGUUGAUAAGAAGGCAUAGGAGGGUAUAGGUGGUGUUCCAGCUCCUCUCUGUGUGGUCGCAUGAGUGCUUUGAU